AUGUCGUUUCUUGAUGGCAUUCAAAAGGACGGACCUGGAUGUAUAAAAGAGAGCUCUACAGCAACGGCUUCGCUAGAUGAUUGCCUUGCAUGCAGUGGGUGUGUGUCUGCAGAGGAGCUUGGCGUACUGGCCAGAGACCCAUCGUCUGCAAUUGAUCGAGAGGCCAAAACAUCGUUUGUUAUCUCGCCACAGUCGAAGGCAAGCAUAUUCGACAUGUAUCGAUCGGAAAGGAUCAGCUACAGGAUGUUUGAGAAGGGCCUGUGUGUGUUUCUUAGGAAUGUGUUCAAUGUGGACCAAGUAAUUGACACAUCAUAUGUGAGGAGCAAGAUAUAUGAGGAGGUUUACAAGGAGUAUCUUGCAACAAAGCACCUGAUAGUCAGUGCAUGCCCUGGCGUUGUUACAUAUGUGGAGCGAACGGCGCCGCAUCUUCUAGGAUACCUCUCGCGUGUGAAGUCUCCACAGCAGAUGGCAUAUUCGCUUGUGAGCAGGCAUAAGGCAGUGAGCGUAAUGCCGUGUCAAGACAAGCGACUGGAGAAUGGAAGGGAUUUGGCCAUGUUUGAUGCGAUUUUGACAACCAAGGAGUUCCACAGUAUAUUGUGCAGCCUGUCGUUUGGUGAGUUUAUCAGUGAAUUUGAUGAUGCAUGCGAGAUGGAGACACACGAGAUGACGCAGUGGAACAUUGGCACCAGCACGGGUGGUUAUACAGAGUUUGUUAUUGGCAAGGAAUGCCUGAGCAGAUUGAGUGAUGUGAGGGAGGGGGUUAGGGAGCAUGUUGUUGCGUCUGGCGAUGUUCUGUGCCAAAUAACCGGGCUGGAGAACUCAAUCAAUUACUUCAACACAAGCAAAACGAGUGGACCGAAGUACAAAAUGGCAGAAGUGUUUUUAUGCAGAGGCGGAUGCAUUGCAGGGCCUGGCCAGGAAAGAACAGGCAAGACAGGUGCCGAUUCAUAUGAUCAAUGUGGAAAAGAAAAGUACGAGAUGGUAUACAGUGUCUUUGGUGAGGAGGAGUUGAUAAAGAAGGCAAUGGAGCAAAGGAGGAUGUUUGCGGCUGUGGAUGUGAAAAGAAAGACAUUCAAGGUUGACUGGUGA